CCGGCGGACAGCUAGCUGCGCGCCCGGCUCCCGCUCCCGCUCCGGAGGAGCCGCCAGGCCGGGGAUGGUGUCCCCUCGCCCGGGUCCUCCCACCCGGCCACCAUCACCCCGGCCGCCGCUGCGGCUGGCCUCGGCGCCCCGGGAGAGGAUUAAAAUCCAGUCAGGGGAGGACUCUCUUGAUCAAGGAGGUGGCCGUGCAAGUGGCCACAGAUGGUGAGCGCCACCUGCAGGGCCAGUACUGAUGUCAGAAGGCAGUGGACAGGUUGACUGACCACAGGCAGUCUCUCCCAGUGUUGGCAUGAACUCCAGGAUGCCAACUGCUCGUGACUGGCUCAACAGCCAGCCACCCACUACUGAGUCUGACUUGGAGCCUGCCACCAAUGCACCCACUUCCAAGACCGGCACCCUCAGCCCGGAAGCCACCAGCUUCAAUGACACCAGAAUCCAUGACGUGCCUGGGGGCACAUCCGGCGUGGGCACCGUGCUUCUCUCAUUUGGGAUCAUCACCGUGAUUGGCUUGGCUGUAGCCAUGGUUUUGUACAUCAGGAAGAAGAAGAGGCUGGAGAAACUGCGCCACCAGCUCAUGCCCAUGUACAACUUCGACCCCACGGAAGAGCAAGAUGAGCUGGAGCAGGAGCUGCUGGAACACGGGCGAGACGCCGCCUCCCUACAGGCCGCACAGGGCAAGACCACCCUCCCCUCUCAGGGCCCUGUGCAGAGGCCCAGUCGGCUGGUAUUUACCGACGUAGCCAACGCCAUCCAGGCAUGAGCGGCCCGAGGACAGAGAACCACCCGCCCCCUGUGCCCGCGGAGCUGCCCGCGUCUUGACUGUCAAGAUCUCUUCUCAGGACCUAUGCUGCCACCUGCUGACUCUCUCCAUACUGGAGGAGCCGUGCCCUAGCCCAGCCAGCCGGCUGGCCCUUGGCCUCUCCUGACCUGACAGUCCUGGCCUCGGAUCGAGGGUAUCCCUCAUGCAGGAAGGUGGGGGGAGAGAGAGAGAGAGAGAGAGCACCACAAAUGGCUUCCUGGUCUCCUGGCUGUAUUCAUGGCUAAGGUCUGCUUCUCUAAUGUA